CAGACGCCUUGCUCUCAGCAUGAAGCACCUCACCCCUGCACCCCGGGCCACCCUGGCCCUCAGCCUGUUCUUUGCCUCCUUCCACUUGGCUUGCUUGGCAGAAGCAAGGAACAGCAUCAACUCAACCUUGACCACUCACCACCCAGACCCCGGAACCCUGGAGCAGUGUCCCAACGUGGACUUCUGUCCUCAGGCAGCCCGGUGCUGCCACGCUGGAGUGGAUGAAUAUGGCUGGAUUGCAGCCGCGGUUGGCUGGAGUCUGUGGUUCCUCACUCUCAUCCUGCUCUGUGUGGAUAAACUGAUGAAGCUCACUCCAGAAGAGCCCAAGGAUUUGCAAGCAUGAAGCUUAGAGCCGUAGCCCCGAGAAUGUCCGUCGCCACCAAACUGGCCUGGAACACACCCUUCCCAAGAAGUAGACUUCUCGUGAACCAAGAGAAGCUUACACUUCAGGCCACCUUACCUGCCUGCUCCCCCACCCCAGCCCACUACUUAAUUUUGUAUUCCUGAUUUUGUAUUUUUUUAAAGAGGGUCUUUUAAUUCUAUACGUGUUAGGCCCCAAAAACCUCAACUGUGCUCUUCCCCUCCACGCUCCCCCUUCUGAUAGGAUUCAUUUCAUUUACUGGCAUUGCUCAUUCCGGUCCAGCUGGCCCCUCACCCCUGGCUGGACGGACACACACGUGCACACGCCUCCUGUGCUCACCUUCAGGGCAGCACUGUGACAAAGACUCCUUGACCAAACUCCAGCCAGGCUCCUCUGAGCCCUCUUCGCAAAUAGGCCUCAACCUUGGCCUAUAAAAACUACACACUCUCAACCCAAAUGAGGUUGUCCACCUUCUCCCCACAUACUCAGACACUUAAACACUAACAGAUUCUAACAGCUCAAGGCCACAUCCCUAGGAUGACCCAACCCCUCCCCCACCAAUGCUUGCCUGAGAAAGCUCAAGACUGACAAAAGAAUUAACCAUUUGUUCUGACAGUAGGCACCUGACCAGCGUUUCUUAGAGCAUUUACUAAAAGGGGCUCACAACUGUGAAUUCUUCCUCUGUCCCUUUGAGAUGUAUGUAUCUAUUUCUACAUCUACGUAUCUGUCUGUCUAUCCAUCCAUCUAUCUAUCUGCUACAACCAGGACAUGAAAGCUAUCCUUUACAAUGUAACCAUCACAAAGGACAGGCCUCUGUCUCCCAGUUUCUGGGAGGACAGGAUCCUAACUUUGACGACCGACAGCGGGCAGACACAGCUGGCCUCAUCAGCAGUUACGCUGACCAACUCUUUGUAAUUUCUCACCUCGCCAACUCUACUGAGCCCCGCCUCACCCCACCCCCCUGCCCCCUCAUUCCCUGUAACACACCCAAUCACUUCUGUAUAAUUGUGGUUGAGUUCAUGCUAUAGCUACUUCCCUACUGUAAUAGUAUAUUACAAUUAAAAUCUGUCCUUCACCUCC